UUGCCCACACUAACAAUGGCGGUCAGUAGCGGCGCCCUUAGUGACGUAGUUCCGGCCGGGGGGAUGAUGGGAGAAAUGGACCGCGCUGAGUUUGAGCGGCUGCGGGAGAGGUUGGCGGAGCGGAUUCAGGGGGAUCUGCAGGAGGCCACCCAACUACUCAGCCAACUCAACCACAACCUGGAGACCUGGGGAGAGAGGACCGGGGAGACCCAGCAACUGGAGCAGGUUUGGUCGCACUUCCAGCAGCAGAUUGUCUCCCUCUCCGACGCUCUUGGGGCCUCCGGUCAUUGAUCCGUCCUGCCUGCACUUCAAUGAAUGAAUUCCAGACUCUUUUGUACAUAUGUGAUAUUUCUUUAUAAUAAACUGCCCCCACAACAGCCGAUUGGUCAGAUCAGGCUGAGAGGUGGGGGGGUUCCAGCACAGCUCAGA